GAAACGAUGUUGCUGGCAAGUAACUUACCUUAUUCUUCUCAUCAUGAUUUUCAAGCUAAUUUCGUUUCUCGUGUUCUCAAGUAAGUCUUUGAAGAGACAGGGAUUUCCCUUCUCUUUCUUUCAACUUGCAUAUCGAUAUCGAUUAUACAAACUUAACGAUUCUCUAGAAUGGAAUUUCGUACUUUCGCGUACAGGUCUAGCUGCACGUUUCUCCGUUUCCGAUUAUGUUGCUCGAAAUGAUUCGCCAAUUCUGCAGGAUUUUGUCUUGGUCAAUCCGAGCCAAGUGCGUCGUUUGGAAAGAACGAUUCGGAACUUCUUUUCAAAGAUGGCGGAACCAAUAGACAAACCGAUCGCGCCGGAGUCCAACUCCUACAAUCUGCUGUCGACUGUUCGAGAAAUAUGCAAGAGAAUAAGAGAAAGACUCGUGCAAUUCGCCCAUCAUGUUGGCCUGAUUAAUACCGUUCAACGAUACGAGAAAAGUUCGAACGAGACUCCGCUGUCCGACGACUGGUAUUCUGAACUGCUGUUGCAGAGCGCGUACGUGAUACGAGACUUGGGGAACAUGAUUAAUGAAAUUAGAUCAUCGACCGGCUUGUACCUUGGGGGAGAGAAGAACGCGAUUUUCCGGGAGAGAAGCAAGCAGCUAAGCAGGCAAGCCAACGGCUUCAAGUUCCUUGGUGUAGUGCACGAUGUAGCCGACUACAGCGACAGACUGUUUCAAUGUCUCCUGGAAAUGAUGGACGCGAGAAAGCACGGAUCGUCUUUCAGCCUAAAUCGAGCGCUCUUCGGCCUGAUGCAACACUCGCCGAAAGCCAGCUUUGAAACUUUGAAAUUUACCGCGAGAAACACCACUAAAAAUCAUCCGCGACAAAAGUCCUGGCACGUGUUUCUUUGUCUGUCGAUGCUAAACGAGGGAGUCAGUUACAACGACUGCGUCCGCGAGUUGCAACGCUUCGACGAAUGUAUGAACAGCUCGAGACAGCCAUCGAGUGCGGGGGCGCAUAAUUCCGACGUGAAAUCGUGGACAAGGGCGAUUCGAAGGUUGAGCGACUGCAAGAUCCUGGUAGACAGGUACAGGGAGACGAAGGUUUCUUGCCAGACUGAUCGAAGAGUACCGACGAGAAUCGAGAGGAAGGCGAGGUACGUGUUGGAAAGGAUGCUGGGCAAAAAAAUAUCCAAGGGAUCUUCUUUUUAUCGCGCUGCUGGCGAGCUCGGCGAUACGCUGUCGAGAAGCGAACUGGGGCAAAGAUUCGUCGACGAGUUGUGCCAAUACAUUGGAAUUUACGAGGAUGGCCAGAGGAAACUGAAAAGACUUUCGAGAUCUGCGCACAAGGAUAAGAAAGCAAUGGCGAAGCACAGGGAAAUCUGGAAAGCGUUGCAACUGUACAAGAGGGGAGCGUUAGCAAGAACGUUCGGAGCAAUAAAUAAGAUGCACCACUCGGCGAUCGAUUUUGAAAAAUUCUUCGCCGAGGGAAUGAAGGAUACUUUGAAGGAAGCCUGGCAGAGCCACGUGAGGAUUCUGUCUAGCCUGAUGGACUGGAUGACCAGACUGCUGGAGCUUCACAACGGCGGGAGUUUCAGUGGAAAGGAGCCGAGCUCGUCAGACACGUCGCAAGCCGAGUGGAAUAGCGACGAAAAUUCGGAUUCCGAAAAUAUGCAAGAGCUUGUUGCAACUCGUCCAAGAUCAGAGAUGAUAAAGGAUGUGGACAGCUCUAUGAACAGUCUGAUUGAAUCGAUGAAUCACCUAGCCAGACGUGGAAACGCCAGCAACAAAAACACGCUGACUUGUAUUGCAAACAAUCUUCUUUUAGUCAUGAUAUUUAUGGAAACUAUCGGUUUCGUUUCUUCGUUGUACUGCCUCGGCCACUCUACGAACGAUCAAACAUCUUCAGAGUUCGACAACGAGUGGAACCGCCAACGUAGAUCAUUGGUUUCUGCGGAAUACGAUGGAAUUGUCGAUUUCAUUUCGCGUGAUUAUCUUCCAUUGGAUAGAAACUCGACCAUCUUUGGACGAAAACGCAAAUGAUAAAAAUUCCAAGUAACAUAAUUCCACGUGAAUGUAAUAAAGGAGAUAAAAAAAAAAAGAAAAUAAACGGAAGUUUUUCGAUCUC